UUUGUCAGCAGAACGGCAAAAGGAAAUGGCACAGUUAUUGUAGUGACACAAUGCACUCAAGUGAUUUUUGCUGACACAUUGAUUAUGACAAAAUAAAAUACCAUCAAAGGGAAGAACUCAUCACAGGAAGCGCUCCUACACCGCUGCGAUUGCACGAACAGGCCUCUCUAUAUAAACUGCACAUACCACUUCGAAUGUAGAUCAGCAAGACUUAAGACUGACAGAAGACAUCAGGAAAAAAAAACAGGUCAAAUGAAUGCAACUAUGUCAUCAGCACUAAACAUCCAGUUCCUCAAGGUGGCUUUCGUGAUGGGGCUCGUUUUAAUAUCAUUUGGAGUCGAGGAGGCAGCUUCAAAACCUCUUCAGAAGAAAGCCCACCAGAGGUCAUCAGAAGAAUCACAUCCAUCCUCAUCAUACCGGUUGAUCUGGGAUCCUGAGUUCAAAUCUUCAGCCGACCUGAUCCCACCAAUUAACAACAACUCCAUUUCUCCAUGGACCUACACGUUUACGCAUGAUGACAGCCUGUACCCUUCUACCAUCGCAGAGGCAAAAUGUUUGCUGACUGGAUGUUUGCUGGAAGGCGCUUUAGAAUCCAAACCGAUUUACACUCAAAUCAUGGUCUUGAGGAAAAUUAAAGGAGAAAAGAACUACUCCCUAAAACUUGAGUACAAACGCAUCGCAGUGGGGUGCACAUGCGUUCAUCAAUUUGUGCAAGAAGUUUAAAGUGUGGGACCUGAUGGAGUUACAAUACUUUAGAUGUUUGAUAGUUCAAAUUAUUUAAAAAAUGUAAGUUAAUUAGUAUUACAAAUCCAGAACGCAAGGCUUAAGACUUAUGACUUUAUAAUUUAUUUAUGGUAUCAUAUACAUUAUUUAUAUUAUAUUGUUUCGUGAUAUUUUAUGGAUUAUAUAUUUGAGUUUUUUGGCAACAGAAGAAUUCAAUGUAUCAUCACUAUAAAUUUUCGUCAUCUGACUUAAUUAAUUUAUGCUGUUACGUGCCUUCAAAUGCUUAUUUAUUUUCACUGGAAUUUUUUAUUAAAUUUUUUAAAUUAUUUUGUACUAUUUAUUUAUUGAUCCAAAUGUAUUUUUAAUGCUACG